AUCUCCCGCCCGUACUUCUGUGCGUCUGAAGCGGGCCGUGGGAGGCAGGCGCGUGUGUGGCGCGAACGGCCCCUCGUCCUCCCGACAGCCCUGAGGCGACCAGGCCACCCGCGCUAAAAAGAGGGGGGGGAGAGAAGGCUUCUCCCCGCCAUCCCGUCCCUCUGUCUGAGCAGCGCGAGAAGAGCCUUCGCGGCCGGACUCGGAAGCGCGGCGACGCGCGGUUGCCGAGGCGACGGCCGCCGGGAUCUCGCCCACCCCUCCCGCCAAGAUGGCGGCCGGCGCUCCCUCUCCUCCCGCCCCACUCUGCGUGGCCGAGGAACGGAGCGGGCACUGCGCCGUGGUGGACGGGAGCUGCCUUUACGUGUGGGGAGGAUACGUGUCAAUUGAAGAAAAUGAAGUUUACCUUCCCAACGAUGAGCUCUGGAUCUAUGACAUUGACAGUGGAUUAUGGUCAAUGCAUCUAAUGGAAGGGGAUUUACCUCCCUCGAUGUCUGGGAGCUGUGGGGCUUGCAUCAAUGGGCAGCUGUACCUCUUCGGUGGCUUUGAUGACAAAGGAUACAGCAAUCGGCUCUAUUAUGUUAAUUUGCGAACAAGGAAUGGAGCCUAUUUGUGGAAAAAACUCUCAGACUUUAAUGGUCAGCCUCCUACACCACGUGACAAACUUGCCUGCUGGGUGUAUAAAGACAGGCUAAUAUAUUUUGGAGGUUAUGGCUGCAGGAAGCAUAAUGAGCUGAGUGACUGCUUUGAUGUCCAUGACGCAUUCUGGGAGGGCCAGAUAUACUGGGGUUGGCACAACGAUGUCCAUGUCUUUGAUACAAGUCUACAAACUUGGUAUCAGCCCACAAUUAAACACGGAGAUCCACCUCAGCCCCGAGCGGCUCAUUCGUGUGCCGUCCUGGGAAAUAAGGGCUACGUCUUUGGAGGACGGGUUUUGCAAACAAGGAUGAACGAUUUACAUUCUCUGAACUUGGAUACCUGGGCUUGGUCAGGAAAAAUUUGUACAAAUGGCGAAAAACCAGGGGAGCGAUCAUGGCAUACUUUAACUCCUAUAGCAGAUGAUAAACUGUUCCUGUUUGGUGGGCUGAGUUCAGACAAUGUACCUCUAAGUGAUGGCUGGAUUUAUAGCGUCUCCCCAAAUGAAUGGCAACAGCUUGCCUAUUUACCAAAGAGCAGACCGAGGUUGUGGCAUACAGCCUGUCUCGGAAAAGAGGGUGAAGUGAUGGUCUUUGGAGGAAGUAAAGAUGACCUGCAUCUCCUGGACACAGGACAUUGCAGUGAUUUAUUGAUUUUCCAGACCCAACCCUACUCGCUUCUCAGGCUUUGCCUUGACUGCAUUGCCAAAAAUGCCGUCCUCUUGGAGAAUCAAAUAUCCUGGUUACCAUCCAAACUGCUUGAGCAAGCUAUGGAUAAAAUCACUUACUGGGCAGCAGUCAGCCAUCGCCAAGAAAAAAAAGCUGAAGCAGAAGGACAGGAGCAAAGUAAUUUCGCCUAGUAGCUCCUUGUACAGCACAGACCGUUGUUGGAGAGCGUUUAGAAAUGUUACCAGUCAACUGUUUAAUGGGCUGAAUUUUCCAAGGUUCGCGCUGGUCGGGGAUACUUAGAAAUAUUCCCUCAUUUCUUGGUACCUGAGCACCAGUUAGAGUUCUGAAGUUGAUAAUGGCUUUCUUGGGUGCCCUGAGCCAGUUCAUAAAGAGUACAAGCACUAGUUCCACUUAAAACUAAACAGGGGCAUAAAGUUUCAGAGGAUCAGAUUUGGUUACAUUUCUGAAUGGUGCCUCAUGUUUGCCAUUGUCUGGAAAAGGGAAUUCAUAUACCACAGUCUAAGAAUAGCAUUCUUUGAUUGGAGAGCACCACGAAAAGCUUAGCUGAGAUUUUUAUGGGCUACAUAUAAUGCCAUUUUGUAAGAACACCACAGAUAAAUGACUGUACAAACAUCAGUUACCUUUCGAGUGUUGCACUCUGUUAAGUAUUGUUCAUCUGCUAAGUCAAAGCGCUUGCACUGAACCUUGGGCUCCC